CGUGUACUGGUGAUGUGUCCAUGUAGCCGGUGUAAAGAUCAACAAUGGCAGAAAAGAAGGACGUUUUCUAUUCUGUUCUUUUACCAACUUACAAUGAAAGAGAAAACUUACCAUUUAUCAUCUGGUUAUUAGUGAAAUACUUCGAAGAAUCUGGGUAUAAAUUUGAAGUGAUCAUUAUUGACGACGGCAGUCCCGAUGGUACUUUAGAAGUAGCCAAACAACUUCAAGGAAUUUACGGAGAAGAUAGAAUUGUUUUGAAACCCAGAGAGAAGAAACUGGGUCUUGGAACUGCUUAUAUUCACGGUGUUAAAUUUGCUAAAGGUGACUUUAUCAUUAUUAUGGAUGCAGAUCUAUCACACCAUCCUAAGUUUAUUCCCGAAAUGAUCAAGAAACAGAAAGAAGGUGACCUGGACGUGGUGUCAGGCACCAGGUAUAAAGGUUCAGGUGGUGUAUCUGGUUGGGAUUUGAAGAGAAAACUGAUCAGUCGUGGGGCCAACUACUUAACCCAAGUACUACUGCGACCAGGUGCUUCAGACUUGACCGGUAGCUUCCGACUGUACAAAAAAACUGUCCUGGAAGAUUUGGUUAAUUCGUGUCAGUCAAAAGGCUAUGUGUUUCAAAUGGAAUUGAUUAUAAUGGCCAGACGUUUCGGUUUCACUAUCGGAGAAGUUCCCAUAACUUUUGUUGAUAGAUUCUAUGGGGAAUCAAAAUUGUCUGGUAAUGAAAUCGUGGGUUUUUUGAAAGGUUUACUCUAUCUAUUUUUUACCACCUGAUGCCUUCUUAAAUGUUUUUUUUUAGUCACUUUGUACACUCAUUAUUGCUGUUAUUAUUGUUGAUAUUCCCUCCAAUUAGUAGAAGAAUGUUUGAAAUAUGUAACCGAAGGAAUAGCUAUUUAAUGUGAACGUGUCACAGAUUAUUUGUUAAUUCCACAUUCGCAAUACAUUUAUAUAAAACAUUAACUUGCAAUGACUUAUAAAA